AUGUCCCAUCACGCUUAUGUUUCGACCAUUCCACGAGAGUCCGCGGGGAGUUCAACCAGGUCUUCUUCUCGAUCUUCGAUCAGUUCCAAGAAGUCAAUAUCUUCGGUUGUUUCGCACUCGCACGCCAAUAUCAGGACCGACAACUGGGCCAGGAAAGUCAUGAAGUACACAACCGGCGUGCCUCCCUCGAAAUCCCUAUCGUUGCGGAAGACGCAAGUCAAUAUCACAGAAGGGACCUACGACUAUGAAGAGGAGGCCAUGGUCUACAUUGACAGCUAUUACUUUACCUAUGCAUGGGUCUCACCAAGCUUCGAUGACGACAUUUCCACCAUUGGUUCCAGGAGCAGCAGCAGUAGGAGCAGCGGCAGGAACAAGGGAGCUAGGCGAGAAGGUCGCCCGGCAUCUCCAGGAUUCGGCCCAGCCUCCCCUAUACCACAACCUCAUCCCCCCCACCAUAGCGCAGGCUUCGUCCCAUCUCCCCCUCAUACUGGACCCUAUAUAACACCUGGCUUUAUGGGACAAGAGGACUAUAUGGGAAUGGGAGAUGGGAUGGGCCCUGGUAUCGGAUUCAUGGGCCACGUUAAUAUCCCUCCACCACCGCCUCCCGGGCCGGGGCUGACGACCCCAGCGUUCGCCUACUACAAUAGCCAGCCGCCACCGCCUCCUGCGCCCAUGAGAGACAGCGGUGGAGAUCCGGGGUUUAUCGACCUCAAUGCUCAGGGCGGAGGUGGUGGAAUUCGGCGAUAUGAUGACUGGGCGUAG